AAACAUAGACUGCCCAAUACGUUCCUCUAUUGGACCAGAAAAAAAUUGUUGCUUGGGGUAGUAUUUUCAACUUCUCAACCUGCUAUACUAACUCUUCGGUGUCGCAAACGUCAACCAACUAAAUAACAUCAAAAUAAACAAACUCGUAUGCGGCAAAAAUCAACUGAUCACAUCCAUUCAAUAACACAAAAGUUCGGAUGGGGAAGAUAUUUUUCUAUAUUUGUGACUAUACCGGUAAUACAGAACAAUGCAACAUACAAAGAAAUUCCAUUCGGAUACGAAGACAAAAUCGACCCGAAAACAUUCCGUGCAUUACGACCGAUCCGAUCCAGUUAGUAGAUUUGUUGCUCAAAUUACAGUUCUUUCCUCGGUUUCGGCUUAAAGUGGCGAAUGCACUGCAGAACUGGGAGCCAUCUAAUACGCUCAUCAUAAAAUGUAUUCCUCCGGCCAAAGAGCACUUAGAUUAUCAUUGGGGUGAACGUGCCGUGCACAUGAUGUGGGAAUUGAUCGAACUCACCGAAUUGAUGGCAUGGCUUUCAACACUCGGUGGUGCCUUUUCCGCCCUUGGUAAUUACCAACCAGCUUGUGCCGAUACGGCGGGUAAAAUAUCACUGCAUCAGAUGAAACUGGCCUUCCGGCUGGGUGAUCCAUCACUCGUGGCCCGGUGUCAGCUCUAUCUUGCCAUAUCACUCAUCCAAAGAGCCGAAUUUGCGAUCGCCAAACAGAUUAUUCAGCGCGUGUACCGUAGCGAACGGAAGCAAACAGAGCCGGAAACCCGACUGCUGAAGAUGUGCCUGGGUAUAUGGUCUAAAUUGCAGUACGAGUACAAUAUCCAUCAGAGGAAUGCAGUGCGCAAAUGAGAGUGUUUGCAAAACGACACGAUUGAAUAAAAUUCUAGUGAACAUAGCAUAUAGAGAGCGAUGGUGCAACCCGUUAUGGUUAUAGGUUUUGAAAUAUAUUGCAAAUUCUA